CGAGAACUUAUUGAAAUUUUGAUCAAAAUUAUUAUAUUUUCCUCAAUUUUAAUUCUAUAAGGAGUGAGAAUAGAACCCACUGCGACCUUAAAAACCGAAAGAAAAUCCCAUUUAAUUAUCAGCGCUAUAUCUCCGCUUAUUUACGAUCAUAACCUCAGAUCUUCAUUUACGCCGCCGGGCGCCGGUCAACAUGGCUUCUUGUCCGCCGAAUCCCCGUUCCGUCGAGGACAUCUUCAAAAACUUCUCCGCCCGCCGCACCGCCGUCAUCCACGCCCUAACUCGCGAUGUGGAUGAAUUCUUCUCUCAGUGCGAUCCAGAGAAAGAUAAUUUGUGUCUGUAUGGUCAUGCGGACGAGUCGUGGGAGGUCACAUUGCCCGCGGAGGAUGUCCCGCCCGAGAUACCAGAGCCAGUCCUAGGCAUCAAUUUCGCUAGGGACGGGAUGGAUAAGAGAGAUUGGCUGACGCUGGUGGCUAUGCACACCGAUUCGUGGCUGCUUUCUGUGGCUUUCUACUUUGGUGCCCGACUUAACCGUUACGAAAGGAACCGUUUGUUCUCCCUGAUAAACGAUCUGCCCACUGUCUAUGAAAUUGCGACAGGAAGGCGAUCAAAAGAAAGGCUUAGUGCGGAUGAGGGUAAGAAAUUCACGACAAACACAAAGAGAGAAAAGCCAGGGAGGAGGGUGCAAGAGAGCUAUGAAGAAGAGGAGAACGAGGAAGAAGAUGAGGGUGAAGACCAGGAGGAUGAAAGCAAUACCGUUUGCGGGACCUGCGGGGUUUAUUACAACAAACACGAGUUCUGGAUCGGCUGUGACGUGUGCGAGAGAUGGUUCCAUGGGAAAUGUGUGAAAAUAACACCGGCAAAAGCAGAGAGCAUCAAGUUCUACAAGUGCCCUUAUUGCUGCAACAAAAGGAGCAAGCAGUAAUGGUGUGUGUGGGGGGUUUAAGGGCACACUGCCCUUGUUUUUUCCAUCAGAAGGUAUACUAUCUGAAUCUCAUGAACAAAAUGCUGCAAGUGUUAGAGUUUCUUUUUUUUAGUAUCUCUCUAAUUAGGUCUUUUUCCCUCUCUCUAGAACCUAUCUAUCUCUCAAGUGUGUCUAAUUUGAAUUCUCUUUUUUUUGUAAGUUGGGGGUAUAGUUUUGAAAAUGCUUCACAAAUUGUUUGAGUAAAAAGGAAAAUACAGUUUCUUAUGAGUUGAGAAAAACUGAUGUGGA